AUGAGUUUCGGCGUCCCCGCUAACUCGCUGCUGCUUUUCCGCGCCUGUGACGAGGGAGACUAUGAGACGGCCCGCGGCAUCCUGGAGCCCGCCGGGCGGCAGAGCAGGCUGCGCUCCGAGGUGGGCUCCGAGUGCAGCCCCGCCGCCGACAUGCUGUCUCUGGUACCGGUGGACUGUACCGACGAGGAGGGGAACACCGCCCUGCAGCUCGCUUCGGCCAGCGGCCACGAAAACUUGGUCCGGUUUCUGCUUCGAAAGGGGGCCUCUGUUGACAGCCGCAACAACUACGGCUGGACCCCGUUGAUGCAGGCUGCCAGGUUUGGUCACCUGACUGUUGCACACAUCCUCAUGGAAAACGGAGCCGAAAUUAAUGGUCGAAACCGGCUAGGUGCCAGUGUCCUAACUAUGGCAGCCCGUGGGGGACACACCUAUGUAGUCAAGCUACUCCUGGAGAGCGGGGCCUAUGUCGAUGACAAUGAUCAUCUGGCUGUUGCUGCAGAGACAGUCUCCAACGGCAACAACAACAACAGCUGCAGUGUGGCUGGUUUUGCAGGCAGUGAAGGAGGUGGAGGCGGGAGAGAUUUCAUGGACAUCACAGCCCUGAUGGUUGCUUCUCAGCAUGGCCACGAGGCCACGGUGCGCCUGCUACUAGAGUGGGGAUCUGAUGUCAACUUUUCCCAGAAGACCACAGGGUGGGGAGCACUGAUGGCAACCACCCUCAGUGGGAAGGUUGCCGUGGCUCAGCAGCUUGUGGAGCGCGGAGCUGAUCCAGAUCGAGUCAACGUUUUGUCGAAAACUGCUUUUGAACUAGCUAUGGAGCUGAAACAGAGAGACAUCAAGUCGUACCUAGACUCCAUUACCACUGUUCGACCGCAGACAGAUGAUGAGAGAAGAAGACCAGAUGUGUUCAGUGCUCUCAAGCUGGGAAAUUCACAGCUUGUCAAAGAAAUCUUGGAGGAGGAUCCCAGCCAGGUGAAUUCAUCCAAUCAGGAGGGAGCGUCCCCUCUCAUGAUGGCCGCGGUGAGCGGCCAGUUGGAAGUGGUGCAGUUGAUGGUGGAGAAGAAAGCCGAAAUAGACAAACAAGAUGGUGUCCAUGGAUGGACGGCUCUGAUGCAGGCCACCUAUCAUGGUAAUAAGGAUAUUGUGAAGUACUUGCUGAAUCAGGGUGCUGAUGUCAACCUUCGGGCUAAGAACGGAUACACAGCCUUUGACUUGGUCAUGUUACUGAAUAACCCAGAUACUGAGCUUGUGCGUCUGCUUGCAUCAGUGUGUAUGCAAGUGGACAAAGACAAGUCGAAACAGCGUGGUCGAGCUUCAGUGAUUCACUCAAAGAGUCGACAUUCUGCCAACUUUGUCCCUGUGCCACCUGAUGAAAAGGGCGGACUGAAGUCUUGGUGGAGUAGGAUGUCCAAUCGGUUUCGACGACUUAAGUUGACUCACACUCUAAGGCACGGCCUUUCAUCCAAUCGUCUUGCUCCAUUUUCUGAUGAUGCAGAAACCUCACUAGAUGCCACAAUGAAAGCAAACAGGAAGCUUGCUAACGUGUCUAAUGGGGUGCUGCCACCAACUUCUGGUCUGGGUGGGAAUGACAUCAGUACUGCAUGGGUAGUCAAAAACAAAGAUCCUGGUCUUGGCAGGACAGCAUCAGAAAAGGAGGACUUUCUAAUUACCACAAUGUUGAGAAGUGGUGCCCCGCUGACCCGGCUACCCAGUGAUAAGCUGAAAGCAGUGAUCCCCCCCUUUUUGCCUCCGUCCAACUUUGAGCCAUGGAAUUCGGACCGUUCGCGGCUGCUCAGAGAUGGAAAAAGUGAACCGCCACGGCUGCCUAUGCCACCACAGAGGAAGCUCAACAGCAGUGGAAACUCAGACAUUACAUCUGUCAGCCGUGUGGUGAACAGGUCCAUGAAGUUUCCCAACAUCCCCAAGGGACCCUCCUCAUCUUCACCUUCUAACUCUGGCCAUUUCCACUCUCCACACUCAUCAGGGGGCUCCAACGGCGUGGCAGGACUUAACCGGGACUCCCACAACCGCUCAGGUGGCAGUGCAGACAGUGUUCUGUCCCAAAUAGCAGCCCAAAGGAAGCGAGCAGCAGGUCUAAUUGAUGUCAAAGCACAGGCACCAGAAAAACAGCACAGCCAAACACAGAGUCACCCCCAACCAAUAACUUCAGGUCCCGGCUUGCCGCUACCUGACACCAGCCUGCCGGACAUCAACUCCCACCCUAGCCUGGUUGCCUCUGACAUUCACUCAAGAAGGAAGAUAGACUUGAAGAAGAGACCUCAGUCGGGGAAUUCCUCCACCUCCAAGAGCACAUCACCCACUCUUACACCGUCUCCCUCUCCGACACCAAAGCCUCCUCCAGGAGACUCACUGUCCUCAGCGUCUUCGCAUCCUCGCUCCAAGAGCAGCGGUGGCUCCAGCAGUGGAACCAUCACUGAUGAAGAUGAGCUGUCGAGUAUCCUGAAGAAGCUGUCCCUGGAGAAAUACCAGCCCAUAUUUGAAGAGCAGGAGGUGGACAUGGAGGCAUUCCUAACUCUGACGGAUGGAGACCUAAAGGAGCUUGGUAUUAAAACAGAUGGACCCAGACAACAGAUCUUGGCUGCCAUAUCAGAGCUCAAUGCUGGAAAGGGACGGGAAAGGCAGAUCCUUCAGGAGACCAUCCAUAACUUCCAGUCCUCCUUUGGGAGCAGUGCUAGCAACCAAAGACAACCAGGACAACCAUGCUCCUCAACAGGUUGGAUCACACACCAGGUCCGUCCCUCCAACAAGAGGUAGCCUGCCUUGGAUUAUUCAUCGAAGAGAAUUCUGCUUUUCCAGGAAUACACAAAAGGUAAACUUAAAAUGCUGGUGCCCCCCAGUCAGGAUACACGUCAUAUGGAGUACUUUACGGGACACGUCCUACAGCGCUUGACGUGUUGAUGCAAGAGGACACAGCAGACAUACGGCCUCCAUAUGAUGCGUUCAUAUGACUGUUCUGGACAAAAAGCUCCCAUGAAGCAUUUGACUUAUGGAAUCAUGGAGUUGUGACACAGAGCCUGCUGAGUCUAGAGCCAUGAUGCAGUUUGACGAAGGAUAUGCACCAAA